UCCUCCCUGUCAUCUUGUGACUCAGCUCCAAUUCUCCAGCAAGCACAGCCCGCCCUGCCUGCUCUGCUUGUCACUGGAAAAGGAAGGGGGGUAAGCCCGCUCCUGCUUUUAACCCCUCGGCUGCUGUGCCGCCACUGAAGCACCAAUGAUAAUCUUCCUUAAGUGGCAACACAGGCAGCCAGCCCAUUGGAGGGGGGGGGGGCAGCUCACACCAACCCCAUGGGAUCGCAGGGGGUAUUAACUCCCUGCUCCCUACUACUUUGGUGGAGGAAAAAAUAUUUGCAAAUUUAAAUUUCUGUCAACUAUUUUCAAGCACAACAGGCUCGCACGUAAACACCCAGCUUAUUUGCUAGCCAUUUGACCACAAUGUGUUUUCACAAAAAAUGAAAAGACAGGGACAGCAGUGCAAUAUUUUAGAGUUCAGGAAAAAACAUGAGCAAUACAGCCAUUUACAAAUAAAUACAUGAACUUUAUACAUGAACCGCCACAUGUUUAACAUAUGAAAUACACUGGCUUUGGGGAUGACGUUGUAAGGGAAAGAUGUGACAGGCCAGAUGAAUCAAGGAAGGAAUAAGGAAGUAGGGAGCAGGUAAAAUGCUGCAGAAUGGAGGAAUCAGGGAGCAAGACAGCAGAAAGGAGGAAAUAGACUGGAAGAGUCGUUUGCAUCCAUGUAGGGAGCAGCUAGAAUGUUUCCGCACUGAGGUACCGGGGAGCAGGUUGGUGAGCAGGAAGAAGGGAGGUGGGGGAGGGAGUAGGGAGUGGAACGGAGGGAGGUGGGCGGAGGGAGUAGGAAGCAUCACAAAGUAUACUGCAGCACCAAAAUAAUCGUUUACACAUCGGGUGAUUACACAGAGCUUAAUUGGGAGAGAUAAAGAUUUUUUCGUAACAUUGAGAUUUUAGACUUUAGAGGAGCGAGCAGGACGUGUCGUCAUUUUGCACAAAAAUGUCCUAUCAUGAACACCGUAUGUGCUGGGAUUUCGCCAGAUGAGGUGCUGAGCUGACGUUCAACCCUUGGCUUUUCUGUGUUUGCUCAUCAACGUCACUAAUUGUAUGAUCUCCCCGGCACCAAUAUGGAAGAAAUACUGAGAAAGCUGCAGAAAGAGGCCACUGGGAAUAAACAUAAAGCCAUCAAGGAGAACUGUACCGGAGCGAUUGAAAUCCUGGAAAACCCUGAAAGUUUGAGUAAGAUCCUUCCAUAUCAGCUAAGGGAGAAAUGCCUUCUACCUUUCCAACUUGCUCUGGAGUCAAAAAACGUAAAGCUGGCCCAACAUGCCUUGACUGGGAUGCAGAAGAUGCUAGCUGAUGACAGAUUUGUGUCUGUGGAAACAGAUCGAGAUGAGCACCAGCUACUUAACCAGAUGCUGAAUUCAGUUAAAGUAACACCAUCUCUCCAUGAGGAUCUGCAAGUUGAAGUUAUGAAGGUGUUGCUCUGCAUUACUUAUACAUCAACGUUUGAACUAAAUGGAAGCGCAGUGCUGAAAAUUGCAGAGAUAUGCACUGAAACCUAUGUUUCCAGUUGUCACCAGCGAAGUAUAAAUACAGCUAUAAGAGCAACUCUCAGUCAGAUGCUAAGUGACUUAACACUACAAUUAUGCCAGAAGCAAGAAUGUCAGAAUGUAGAAAACCACGAAGCUCCGUUGGAAUUCAAGAGUCAAGAGGCAGUCCCUUCUGUGGAAUCCCUUUGUGAUGACAUUGUAUCUGUGCUCGCUGUGCUAUGUGACAAACUUCAGGCUGUCAUAAAUGAGAACCAUCCAUUGCAGCUUCUGUACCUGGAGUGCAUACUUUCAAUGCUGAACAGCUCCUCCCCAGAAAUGCAUCAUCAUAAAGGUUUUACUGACCUUAUUUGGAAGCAGCUUUGUCCGGCCCUUGUGGUGAUCCUUGGGAACCCUGUUCAUGACAAAACUGUCACUUCUGCACACAAUAAUUCCUGCGUUGACUCAGACUUUGCUGUUGUGGCUGAUCAAGGUCGAGGAUCAGCCUGUUCAUCUACAGCUCCAGCACUUAGUGGCCCUGUAGCCCGAGCAAUUUAUUACAUUGCAGCUGAACUAGUUCGACUUAUUGGUUCUGUUGACUCUAUGAGACCUGUAUUGCAGUCCUUAUAUCACCGAAUCCUGCUCUACGCCCCACCUCAAAAUCGCGUGGAGUCUAUUAAAAUUAUGAAGGAGAUACUAAGCAGUCCUCGGAGACUUUUUGAUUUGGCUGCACCAUGCAAUUUUGAACAUGAAACAAAGAAAAGGUCUAUUUCAAAGAGGAAGUCACAUCUGGACCUUCUAAAGCUGAUCAUGGAUGGAAUGACAGAAGCAUGUGUUAAAGGAGGCAUUGAAGCAUGCUAUGCAUCAGUCUCUUGUGUUUGCGCCUUGCUUGGAUCUUUAGAUGAUCUAAGUCAGGGUAAAGGUCUUAAAGAAGAGCAUGUUCAACAUCUGCUUCAUCGUAUAGAAGACCUGAGAGAUGGAGGAGAGUCAACCAGAGAAUCCAUGGAAAUUAACGAGGCUGAUUUUAGGUGGCAAAGGCAUGUCCUUUCCACGGAACACACACCAUGGGAGUUAGGAACAGAAAAGAGUCCUGAUAUUAGCAUAAGUGUAACCACAGACACAGGCCAGACAACAUUAGAAGGAGACCUGGGACAGACUACUCCAGAGGAUAACAUUGAAGGCAAAAGGCCAAAGAAUUCAGAUUUAGAAAUUGUUGAUCAGCCUGAUGUUGUUCAAAGAAGCCACGUAACAGUAUAUCCAGACAUAACAAAUUUUUUGUCUGUUGAAAGUAGGACAAGAUCUUAUGGAUCCAGGUACAGUGAGAGUAAUUUUAGUGUUGAUGAGCAAGAUCUUUCUAGGACGGAAUUUGACUCAUGUGAUCAGUAUUCUAUGGCUGCCGAAAAAGAUUCUGGAAGAUCGGAUGUAUCUGAUAUUGGUUCUGACAACUGCUCUCUAGCCGAUGAAGAUCAAACUCCCAGAGACUGUCUUGGUCACAGGUCAUUAAGGACUGCUGCAUUGUCAUUGAACUUGUUGAAAGUUCAGGAGGCAGACCAGCACAGCGCAAGGUUUUUUGUACAGUCACUUCUGAAUAUCAUACCACGCCUUCUGACGCUUCAAAGGAUGGAGGAAGUUGACACCGCGUUACAGAAUUUUGCAUCAACAUUUUAUUCAAAUUUGCAAGCAGGGGCACUACGUUCACCAGGCUUUGAAAACCAAAGCAGCAUGGGCUUCCAAACACUGCUAAAUGCCGACGGUCUGUAUACUGUAUCUUAUUAUGUACUGCUGCUCAACCUCAAACUGUCCAACAGUGAUUACUACAGGAAGAAAUCUGCUUUGCCUUGCGUUACUAUGAAGGAAUUCAUGAAGCAGCUGCAGUCUACUGGCAUGUUGGUGUUCCCCCAGGCCUGGGUGGAGGAGGUCUAUCACCAGGUUCUGGACAGAAACUUACUUGGAGAAUCGGGAUACUGGGGCAGUCUUGAAGGACUCUGUAUUCCCCUUAUCACCAUGCUUCUAAAUAUUGAUGGCUUGGGAAGUAGCACAAUCGGUGGGCAACUACUGGCAUCUGCAUCUACACAGUCACCCCUUCCUUCUGAGAAGAACUUGGAUCCUGCAGUAAUAGCAGGUCUGGCUUUUGCAAGGUUUAUUCUCAUUGGAUGCUGGAAAAACUUAAUAGAUACCUUGUCUGCCCCUCUUACUGGAAAGAUGGCAGGAAGCUCUAAAGGAUUGACAUUUAUUUUGGGUGCAGAAGGAGUAAAAGAGCAGAAUCAGAGGGAAAGAGACACUAUUUGCAUGAGUCUGGAUGGUCUCAGAAAGGCUGCCCGUCUAAGCUGUGCUUUAGGUGUGGCUGCAAACUGUGCAUCUGCCCUGGCUCAGAUGGCUGCAGCCUCUUGUGUUCAAGAGGAGAAAGAUGAGAAGGACAACCUUGAGCACACUGAUGCAAUAACUCAAGUAAAACAGAAAGUGGAACAAAAAUUGGAACAGAUGGGAAAGCAAGGAAGUUACCGACUGCACCCUGCUCAUGUUCUCUGCAUGGACGCAAUUCUUAAUGUUGGUCUUGAAAUGGGAAGCCACAACCAAGACUGUUGGCCUCAUGUGUUCAGGGUUUGUGAGUAUAUUAGCACCUUGGAGCAUACACAUUUCCGUGAUGGUAUGUCCCAGCCUUCAUUAACUAUAACCCAGUCGCAGAAACUCCCUUCUGGUUGCCAGGAGCAUGCGGCAGAAUGUUCUCAAGAUCAGUCAUCUGAGCAAGAGGGUUCACUGAGCAAGAGUCCCAUCAUACAACCAGUUCCCAUACAAGAGCUCAUCAAGGAAGGAGCCAAGGGCAGAGCCUUCGACUUCCGUGGGACCAGCCUGAUAAGUGGAAACAAUGCUGCGAAAGCUGUUUGUACACUAUCCACCGAGGCAGACAAGUUAUUCGAAGGUGCAGCUGACCGGCUUAACUUGGUGGCUCUAAGUGGGUUUCUUUACCAACUGAAGAAGGCAUCACAAGCUCAGCUGUUUCAUUCAGUCACUAACGCAGUUGAUUAUUCUCUAGCAAUGCCAGGGGAGGUGAAAUCCACUCAGGACAGGAGAAGUGCGCUCCAUCUCUUCCGCCUCGGCGAUGUUAUGCUGCGCAUUAUCCAAAGCAAAUUUCGUCCACUACUUCAUAUCAUACGCUGCUGGAGUUUAGUGUCACCGCAUUUUGUAGAGGCAGCAUGCCAUAAAGAAAGGCAUGUUUCACAGAAGGCAGUGUCAUUUUUACAUGAUAUAAUGACUGAGGUUCUAAGCAACUGGAAUGAACCCCCGCAUUUCCAUUUUAAUGAAGCCCUGUUUCGACCUUUAGAGCGUAUAAUGCAGUUGGAGCUCUGUGAUGAGGAUGUGCAGGAUCAGGUAAUAACAUCAAUAGGAGAGCUGGUGGAGAUGUGCUCUGGGCAGAUCCAUUCAGGAUGGAGACCACUGUUCAGUUCUCUGGAAACCGUGCAUUGUAAUAAGUCUGAUAUUAAGGAGUACCUUGUUGGAGAUUACACCAUGGGGAAACAACAGGCUCCAGUGUUUGAUGUCUUUGAAGCUUUUCUAAACACAGACAACAUUCAAGUCUUUGCCAAUGCAGCAACUGAUUAUAUUAUGUGCCUUAUGAAGUUUGUCAAAGGAUUAGGUGAAGUGGAAUGUAAAGAAAUUGGGGACUGUGUAUCUGGUCCUGUCACAACAUACACUGAUCUGUGUCUGCCAGCUUUGGAUUACCUCCGAAGGUGUUCCCAGUUGCUGGCUAAAAUAUACAAGAUGCCAGUGAAGCCAAUAUUCUUGAGUGGGCGGCAAGCUAAUCUUCAUCGCCGGACUCAGGAACGUUCAGCAAGCAGUGAUGAUGGUAUUGAAGCAGUUCUAUCAGAGUUUGAUGAUGACACAGGUCUUAUUGAAGUUUGGAUCAUCCUUUUAGAGCAGUUGACUGCUUCUAUAUCAAACUGUCCUCGCCAGCACCAGCCACCUACGCUUGAUUUACUUUUUGAGUUGCUAAGAGAAGUUGCUAAAGUGCCGGGUCCAGGAUUUGCCAUAUAUGCUGUGGUGAAUCUUCUUUUGCCAGUGAUGUCAGUUUGGUUGAGUCGAAGCAAUGGUGAUCACUCCUACUGGGAUGUUGCAUCUGCAAACUUUAAACAUGCUAUUGGCUUGUCUUGUGAAUUAGUGGUUGAACAUAUUCAGAGCUUCAUUCAUUCAGACAUUGGGUAUGAGAGCAUGAUAAACACUAUGCUAAAAGAGCUCUUCAAGUUACUUGUAAAGUGUGUGGCAGAACCCACUGAGACAAUCUCCAGAGUUGGUUGUUCCUGCAUCAGAUAUGUUUUGGUAACAGCAGGACCAGUUUUUACAGAGGAGAUGUGGAGGCUGGCUUGCUGUGCUCUGCAAGAUGCAUUUUCUGCCACACUGGAACCAAUGAAGAAGCUAUUGGGCUAUUUCCACAGUGGCUCAGAGAGCUUUUCUGGAGAUGCAUGUGAGGUAAAAGUGGCAGCACCUUCUCUCUCACCCAAUGCAGAGGCAGAAUACUGGCGAAUUCGGGCCAUGACUCAGCAGGUGUUCAUGCUUGAUGCACAGUGCUCACCAAAGACACCAAAUAACAAGGAAGGCUUUGAUCAUGCCCAGUCAUGUGUUCUUAUUAUUGAGUUGCCUCCUGAUGAGAAACCUAACGGUCACACCCAAAAAAGGAAGCUGGGUAUUCCAUUCCGGACAAUUGUUGUCAGUUUACUUUCACACCAAGUUCUUCUUCAAAACUUGUACGACAUUUUACUGGAUGAAUUUGUAAAAUGCCCGACUAAUAUCGAAGACAAAACCAGUUCAGUGACAGAAGGCAAAAGUGUGGGCUUCCUCAGAUAUAUCUCAAUGCAAAACCUGGCAGUUAUUUUUGACCUACUACUGGACUCUUAUAGAACAGCAAGGGAGUUUGAUGCAAGACCUGGUUUAAAGUGUCUCCUUAUGAAGGUUUCUGGUAUUGGAGGAGCAGCUAACUUAUAUCGCCAGUCAGCAAUGAGUUUUAAUAUUUAUUUUCAGUCACUGAUCUCUGCCUUGCUGACCAACCAGGACUCCAUUAAUGCAGAGCUCGUGAAAAAGAUUCUUUUUGAAGAAGAUGAACAUAGCACAGACUCUUCACAACAGUGCUCCUCUGAAGAUGAAGAUAUAUUUGAGGAAACAGCUCAAGUUAGCCCCCCUAGAGGAAAAGAGAAGAGACAGUGGAGGGCAAGAAUCCCAUCCCUGAGUGUCCAGCCAGUCAGCAAUGCUGAUUGGGCGUGGUUAGUGAGAAGACUUCACAAGCUGUGCAUGGAAAUUUGUAAUAACUACAUUCAAAUGCAUCUGGACUUGGAAAAUGAUGAUGUGCCAGGUAUUAAAGGAGAUCCUUUUUUCAUACUGCCUUCAUUUCAGUCAGAAACUUCAACACCAUCAACAGGUCUGUCAGGAAGAAACACACCUUCAGAGGAUGAACGCAACAACAUUAAGGACCACACAGAAAAUAUUUUACCCAAAGCAUUUGGAUCAGCAGCAGUUUCACACAGUCCCAAUGUGGAAAAAAGAGACCAAAGUAAGAAGAAAGAAUGGUGGGAGAGUGCUGGAAACAAAAUUUAUACUAUUGCCACUGACAAAACAAUAGCCAAACUGAUGACAGAGUAUAAGAAGAGAAAACAGCAACACAACCUGACUACAUUUGUUAAAGAUACAAAAAUAGAUAAGAAGGGUGAAAUGUUAUCUCCAAGAAAACAGGAUCCAAUCAUGCCUCAAAGACCACAGAAUCUUGUCGAUCAAACCCAGAUAAGACAUUCUUUUAGUGCUGGCCCAGAAAUUCUGCGCCACGAGAAGCGUUCUCGUUCAGGUUCUACAGUCAGUACAUUUAACAUUUCAACAAGAGACGCCGAGGCACAAAUACAGGCUUGGACCAAUAUGAUACUGACCAUUCUCAAUCAAAUUCAGAUUCUCCCAGACCAGAUGUUCGCCGCUCUUCAGCCUGCAGUAUUUCCCUGCAUCAGUCAGCUAACAUGCCAUGUGAAUGAUAUUUGUGUGCGUCAGGCAGUCAGGGAAUGGCUAUGGAGAAUUGGCAGGAUUUAUGAUAUUAUUUUAUAAAUAUAUAUAUAUAUAUAUUAUAUCCUCCUUUUGGGUAAAGAGAAAGUAAUUUACAUAUUUUCUACAUAUUCUCUAUCUAUCAAUACAUCUAUCUCAUACAUCUAUUUCCAAAUAACUCAAAUUUAAGGGUUUUAUUACAUUUUGUAUAUAGACAUUUAUGUAUAUCCAUAUAUAUAUCCAUAUAAUAAAAAAAUUGGGGCACUCAUGGGACUCAAGUGAAAUUAUCUAUUGGUGGUUAUCAACGUUUCGGUCCCAGCAAGAGGGCCUACACUCAAGACAUCCCACACAAACCCACCAACAUAAAAUAAAUUGUUAUAUGUGGAAUUGAUGCUAAAGACAAGCCCCGAAUGACAUCACAGGUGCAUAGGGUAUAGGUAAUAGGUUAUUAUACAAUUAAAAGUGUUGUAAAUACCUCCACGUGUGUAGUAAACACCACAGUUUUUAAGAAACACUUAACAAAGCAAUCAUAUUGCAUAUUGUGUCACUAUGUAUAAGUACAGUUAAGAUUAUGGCCCAGAAGAACAGAGUUAGAAUGUAAUAGCAGUGAGAUCUAUGGAAAUAACUAAAAAAUAAGAGAAGAUACAAAAUAGAGAAGUAAGCCACCCAGCUCACCUUUGGAGGUUUCUUUCAGCAAAAAAUGUUGCCCAAUGUAAAGUCUCGAUAUUAUGGGGCAGAUUCACUAAUUUCUAGUGAAGGAUUCGAAUGAAAAAAAUUCGAAUUUCGAAGUAUUUUUUGGGUACUUCGAC